GAGUCCGUCGCCAUUUUCCAGCAGACCUCCGAGGAGAAACCCUUAAAACUGAGGCCUGUUUCUUGAAUUUUUUGGAUAGUUUGGGUAUCUAUAACGCAUGUAACCAAAUUAAAAAGAUAUUCCUGCUUGUGUUUUCCACAGUGAAGCAUUUGAAAAUGAGUGGAUGUCGAGUGUUCAUAGGUCGACUGAGUCCCCACGCCAGAGAGAGGGACGUGGAGAAGUUUUUCAGAGGAUUUGGGCACAUUCGGGAGAUCAAUCUAAAAAACGGCUUUGGCUUUGUGGAAUUCGAUGACCACAGAGAUGCUGAUGAUGCAGUCUAUGAACUGAAUGGGAAAGAACUGUGCAGUGAAAGGGUCACAAUAGAGCAUGCCCGCUCUCCCAGAGGAAGAGGAGGUGGAGGAGCAGGAGGUGGUGGUGGAAGGUUCUCUCCGCGGUUUAGCAGCUAUCGUCAGACUCGCGGCUCAAUGUAUGGUCCUCCUGUGCGCACAGAGCACAGAAUCAUUGUUGAGAACCUCUCAUCCCGGAUAAGUUGGCAGGAUCUGAAGGAUAUGAUGAGGAAGGUUGGUGAAGUCACGUUUGUGGAUGCACACAGAUCCAACAAGAAUGAAGGAGUGGUGGAAUUUGCUUCACACCGCGAUAUGAAGAACGCCAUUGAUAAACUAGAUGGGACUGAGCUUAAUGGACGCAAACUCAAACUAACUGAAGAUCGCAAGAGGAAGAGCAGAAGCCGCUCCCGCUCCAGAAGCUACACCAGGUCUCGCAGUCGUUCCCGAUCCAGGAGCCGUUCCAAAUCCCCGAGCAGGAGCCGAAGCAGGAAACGCAGCCGUACCAGGUCGCGCUCUGUCAGCCACAGCCCAGAGAGGAAGCCCCUUCCCCGGGCAGACCCACGCUCCCCCUCCCGCUCUCCCUCUCACGCCAAGUCUCGCUCCCCCUCUCGCUCUCUCUCCAAGUCUCGAUCAAACUCCCGAUCCCCUCCAGUGCAGAAGAGGCAAUCCAGAUCCCCCUCAGCUGAGAGCCAGCACUGAGAGCCGUCUCCCUGCCUGCACCAGCUAUAUCUGUAGAUGUGGUUAUCAGCCUCGUAUCUGUUUAGAAUUGCAGUCCUCUGUUAAAGCAGCUGCUGGUGGUGUGAUUUAUUGUUGGUUGCAUAAUAGAAAACCACAGUGAUGCUCUUUUUACACAAACUGCAUAACUUUAUUUUUAUUCUGUUUUCAUUUGGAAACUGUAGUUAUCCAUCCAUAAUGUUUGGAUGUCUUCAACACCCGCACUCUGCAGCCUGUAUGGGAUUGCGACAGCCAAUGUUACCUAAAGAGGUGUUUUUGUGUGUUUUUUUUUUUUUUUUUAAAUAAAAUUUCUGCACCUUCA